UUCCGGAACUUGGCAUUCAGUUCCUAGUUGCUGGGGAGACAUUAAGUCGUGCGCUAUAUUUCUAUUGCUAUGGAGACUGAUCAGGAAGAAAGUACAGCCGGCGUGAGUCCCGGGAACCGGGAAUGGGAGGAGCCAUGGAUUCUGGAACAUCCGCGGUUUAAGGAAAUGAUGGCUAUGGAUGUAGCAGACCAUGCACAAGUAUAUGCAGCAUUUUUGGUAUAUAUGGAUCUUUUGGAAGUGAGAAACUGGCAGGACCUGCAGAUUCAUGGCUCAUCAGAACUUCAUUUUAUCUACUUACAUGGUCUGGAGAAAGAAGGUUGUAUUCCGCAGUUGAUAAUACCAACUCCAGUAUCCAUGUCGUACAGUCAUGAGAGGAUCCAGCAGUUUCUAAAACUGAAUUGCACUUUGGAAGAAGCUCAAUCGGUGUCAAGUAUUCUUUUAGCUAUUGUUGAAUCUGAUUCAACAGUUGUGUACUACAAACUAACUGAUGGAUUUGUGAUACCAGAUCCACCGGAUUUUAUAGAGGAUAUGGACAGCAAACAGUGGAGGAAGAAGAGACAGAGACAAUUAAGAUAGGAAAACAUUCUUUCGUAUUACAGAUGUUAUCUGUAUGUGAUGGUAUAGAUAUUGUUCUAUGAACAGUGUUGUAUGGCCUUAAUUAUCCAUGUAUUGGGGCAAUUAAAUGUUAGAACGCA